AUGCCACCGUCUAACAGCGGUGAAGGCAAAAGCCUGGGGGCCGCCUACUGCUAUCAAUUGCCCCGCUGCCGCUCAGGUGGCGAUCAGCCUGAUGAGGGCAGAGGCAGUAGGAUCCCUUCAAAGCCUAAUGCCCAAGCUCUAAAUCAACUGGCCCAGCGGGAUUCCCAACCCAGUAAGGGUACUCGCACACAUGUCACUGGACAUGCAGGAGAUUGGGCCAUAAGGCACCCUCCCGAGGCAAAUGUGUGGGUAGAAAUCAGAUAUGCGUGUUGGAAGUCACCAGAUCUGUAA